CUCAUGCAGGCCUACGCGCCCAUCCUGCUCGUGAAUCUGAUUUUGUGUAUUCUGCCGUUCAUCCUCAUGUUCAUCGGCAAGUACUACGAGCGCUUCAAGUUCACGUCCGAGGUGCAGCAGACCGUGUUCCGGCGCUACCUCAUGUUCGAGCUCGCGAACAUCUGGCUCGCGCUCGUGUCGGGCACGAUCUGGACGCUGCUGGAGCUGCUCGCCGAGGAGCCCGUGACCGUGCUCGAGUACAUCGCGCUCAUCAUGCCCCAGGCCGCGGUCUACUUCGUGGAGAUGAUCAUCAUGAAGCUCAUGCUCGUGCUGCCGUUCGAGAUCUCGCGGCUCUGGCCCUGGUUUAGGAUCGAGUUCGUGCGGCGGUCCUUCAAGGACCGGCUCACGGACCGGGACCUGACCAAGGGCGCCUUCGAGCCGCCGGAGUUCCGCUACGGCUUCCAGUACCCGAGCAAGCUCAUGGUGCUCACCUACGCGUUCGUCUUCGCGGGCAUCGCGCCCAUCGUCUACCCCUUUGCUCUCGUCUUCUUCUACUGCGCCUACUUUGUCUACACGCGCCAGUUCCUGUACGUCUACGUGCCCUACUACGAGGCCGGCGGCGCCUUCUUCGAGAUCAUCAUCUACUCGCUCAUCGGGUCGCUCUUCAGCGGCUGCCUCACGUUC